AGGACAUAAUGUACAUAAAGGCGAAGCACGAGAUUCCAUCCUAGAACCCUGGCGUGUUCUUUCAAUUUGCCGUUGCAACUCCCCCUUUCCGUUCAGAGCGCUGGCCCGGCGCUGGCUCCUGGGGACCAGGCGAGGGGCGUAUAGAGUUAAAGGGUGGGAGCAGUUAGAUGGCGCAGUGGAUAGAGCACAGGACCUCUGAUAAGGAAAACUGGAGUCGUAAUCCGACCUCAGACGCUUACUGAGCUCUGGUCGCCCGCGUUUUCCACCCUGCUAUAAAAUGCGGAUAAUUGCAGCACCUACUCCCCGGGCUCUUGGGAGGAUUCGCACGAUGCAUGUGCAUGAUGCACAAAGCGCUUUGCAAACCCUACUGCGUUUAUAUCAGGGAGAUGACUCUUCUCCAGUCAAAUCAGGAUGUCAUUUCCUCAGCAUUGCAGCAGUUUAACAAAUUGCUGAAUCAGCAGGUCUUCACAAAACCUAUAAUCUCUGAAGAAUCCAUGGUCACCAUCGUGGACGACUGGAUAAAGUUCUACCUUUCACACUUCUCUACAAAGAUGACAGGAGAUCAACAAGAACAGGAGAGAGCCCUGCAAAAACUGCAAGAGGAGCUUCAGACUUCUUCCAACCCCUUCCUAGACAAGUACAGAGCCUUCCUAAAAUCCCUUUGAGUUCCCAUGUCUCCCACCAGGUCCUAGACUUUCACUUCUAGUAUCUCCCCACAGCUAAGCCCCUCUACUAAUCUUUUCCUCUCCCCUGGAAUCCUGUUAUACCUUGAUUUCCCCAACCCUAAAAUUUAUACCUCAAUAAAUACAAACAUGGGAAUGUC